AUUAGACCCACCCGAUCCGCUUCCCUCUCGUUCGCCGCCUUCUUGCCCGGCCCAUUUCUUCUGAGCGCCGGCCGACGAUCUCCUUCCUCUUUCACGCGGCGGAGCCUUCGCGCCAACAGAAUAGCAACGACGCCUCGGCAUGUUUGCUUUUUCUCUCACCUUGUGCUUGUGGGUUUCCAGUACGCGUGCUCUUCUUAGCGAACGCCGUGAAGGUCUUCUGUCUCUCGUGUCCUGAUUCAUCGUAACCUCCGACAGUGUCCAGAAUCGGACCUACCUAGAUUGGAGAUGAAUCGCUCGAUCUAACUAUGCAAGAAGCAGGAGGAGAAAUGAGUGAACACGAGAAGACGAAAAGGCAGCAGGAAGGGAAUCCCAGGAUCGAUGGCACGAGCAGUGAUAUUGUGGAAGAGAGUUCAAGCACCUCCUUGGAGGGAAAUCAAGUAGUUUUGAAGAAGAAUAAGAAGAAGAAAACUAAGAUUCUUGAAAUUGAGGAAGUUCGAGGGAUUUCUGAUGGUAAAUUGGAGAUAGAUGCAGAAAAGGAUGUGAAGGAGGCAGAACUGGAACAGCAUGGCAAUCAAGAUGGCAAGAAGAAGAGAAGGAAAGAUAGAGAUGGUGAUGAAGGAGGUAAUGAGGCACCAAAAGGAGCAAAAAACAGGAAGAGGAAGCAGGAAGAUGGUGGUUUAGUGAACUUGAAUGUAGAUGCCAAUACGAAAAAGAGAAAGAAGGAUAAUGUAUUCGAAAUCAGUGACCUUUCUUCAGGGGCUACUCCAGGUGAAGUUUCUGGGGAUGAAAACAAAACAUCUGGGAAGGUUGCUGAUGCAGAAAAUCAAACUGUUUGUGAGAAUAGUACAGGCAAAAAAGAAAAUGUGAAGGCGAAAAGGAACAAAAAUGAUAAGAAACUUGAGAUUCCUAAGCAUCUUGUCCUUGAAACCCUGGAAGUUCAAAGACAUAUGGUUGUAGAGAAUGAGGUCUCAACAAAUGAUGAUAAACUUCACAUUUUAGUGAAUAAAGCAAAGACGAAAGCAAAGAGGGUGCUUGACUCCUGUGAGCAUAAAGAGAAUUCACAUGAAAGAUGUACAAAUGGGAGCCAAUCAUUGAGCAUGGAAGUCAGAAAGGAAAUUCAAGAAAUCAGGGAAAUGCCAUCUACAUCCACAGCAAUUAACGUGAAGAGAAAGAAGAACAAGGAGAAGGAUGGAAAUGAAGAGAAUCAAGAAGCAGAAGAACAUUCCAAGAAUCCACUGAAGAUCAAGGGGAAGAUAAGAAAACCCUUUCAAACUGUGGAAGCAGAAGGAAAUAAGGAGACAUCUAAUGUGAUGAAGGAGAAGGCAGCUGAUGAUUCAGUGGCCUGUAGCUUAAAGAGCAAGAAGAGCUUUAGUAAUGGUUCAAAUAUAUCUUCCCUAAAGAAAAAGAAAGUCACUUUUUCAAGUGAAAUUGAGGUGUUUACUUAUCGGACUGAUUCUGGUAAUGAAGGAAAUUCUGAAAUACCUGUAAUCCAAGGCAAACAUUUCACUAAAGAAGAAGAUGAAAAGAUACUCGAAGCAAUAGAUGAAUAUAUUAAGAGAAAUCAAUUAGGGGAGAUGGGUAAGAGUAUGAUUCUCCACUUUCAAAACUAUUCAAACAUCACAGAUUUUUGGAAGGAAAUUGGAGCUUGUUUGCCAAAUCGACAUCGUGAGGCUACAUAUAAUCGGGCACAUGUUCUGCUUGAAAGGAGUAAGUCGAGUAAGUUGAAACCUGAAGAAUAUGAAACACUUUUCAGGUUCUAUGCAAAACAUGGGCCAGACUGGAAAACAAUAGCAUGUGAACUUAGGAAACAUUGGAAACAUGUCGAAGACACUCGGCAAAGAACCAAAUCACAAAAUUUUAGCAAAGGAACCUUGUCACCGGAGGAGUAUCAGAUUCAAUGUGAUCUAGUAAACAUGGAUUUACAAUUGAAAGAUCGUGCAGAGCGAAGUGCUAAGCAAUACAUGCUUAGAGACAAUAUACCUUGCGAAGUAAUCAAUGAGCCUGCUGCUUGCCGCAUGAAGGGGUAUCAACAAAUAGCGUCUCCUUUGGUCAUGAAAAAUCUAUGGAGUGACAAGGAUGACUACCUUUUGGUGGAUGCGCUAAUGAGAUUAGAUGCUUGCUGUGUAGAAGAUGUUGACUGGGACAAUCUUCUUGAGCACAGACCCGGGGAUAUUUGCCGCAAGCGGUGGACUGAAAUGACGCGAUAUAUUGGCGAGAAUAAGGAGAAAUCUUUUAUCGAACAGGUGGAAGUGCUUUCGCAACACUAUUCAGAGAUGACGGAAUAUCGAAAGUGAAGUGAUCCUCAUGAUGUAACUUUGUGCUUCCAAAUAGUUGAAAUGAAAUCGAGUUCUGUGUUUGUUUUUUUUCACAAGUCAUCACUGUGAGACUAAGUUGUGGUAUAACAGUGUGAUUCCUAAAGAAACGAUUUGUAUUUAGGCAAACGAUAGCAAUAUAAAUGUGUCGAGCUUAGUUGCAUUCAA